AUGCAGAACGGCCGUGGACGCCGAAAGAACGGCAGUAUUAAAGCCCCUAAGAAUCGUCAGCGUCCUACUAUGUCACAUUUAGUCUCGGAACAGUCCAUUCCCAUUCGCUCAAAAUCUUCGGUCGCCAGCGACGAUAGCGUAGACACCUCCGACGACACCUCAACCGCUCCCUCCUUCAGCAGUAGCCCACCGAGCACAAAGUCUGUCACCAACGGUGUUCACCGACCAGCUAUGGCUCGAAAGGCUUCUUCGCCAAUGGCGCCCGCCUUCAUGGUCUCCGCGCCGGGUAAGGUCAUUGUCUUUGGUGAGCAUGCCGUCGUGCACGAUAUUGGCUUGAAUCACACUUGGAGCAUCGACGAGCUGCCAUGGGACCUGUUUCACCAACCAACGAAGAAGAAGUACUAUUACGACCUGGUCACCUCAAUUGACCCCGAACUUCUCGACGCGAUCUUGCCUCUCGUGGAGCGCAUCUCCCCAGACCUACCCGAAGACAAGCGGAAACACCAGCGUGGCGCGGCGACUGCGUUCCUCUAUCUCUUCUGUGCGUUGGGCUCUCCCCAGCACCCGGGAGCGAUCUAUACCCUUCGGUCGACGAUCCCAACUGGCGCGGGCUUGGGCAGCAGUGCUAGUAUAUGUGUCUGUAUCAGUGCUGCACUCCUUCUUCAGAUUCGCACUCUAGCUGGACCGCACCCCGAUCAACCCCCCGACGAGGCGGAGGUGCAGAUCGAGCGCAUCAACCGAUGGGCAUUCGUUGGCGAGAUGUGCAUUCAUGGCAAUCCCAGCGGGGUGGAUAACACGGUCGCCGCAGGCGGCAAGGCCGUGAUUUUCAGAAGAGGCGAUUAUUCCAAACCACCGGCCGUCAGCUCGCUCCCCAAUUUCCCCGAGCUGCCGCUACUGCUCGUGGACACUCGACAAUCCCGCUCCACGGCGGUUGAAGUAGCAAAGGUCGGCCAAUUGAAAGAAGAACAACCGCUAGUGACGGAGGCGAUUCUCGAUACCAUUGAGAAGGUGAACGCUUCCGCUCAGGAACUCAUCCGGGAAACAGAUUCGUCAGCCAUUUCCAAGGAUACGCUCGAGCGCAUCGGAGCGCUUAUCCGCAUCAACCAUGGCUUGUUGGUCUCGCUAGGAGUCUCUCACCCUCGACUCGAGCGAAUUCGUGAGCUUGUGGAUUUUGCGAACAUUGGUUGGACGAAACUCACCGGUGCUGGUGGCGGAGGAUGCGCGAUCACCCUCCUGCGUCCGGAUGCUGACCCGAGUGCUAUCCGCCAAUUGGAGGAAAAGCUGGACGAAGAAGGAUUCGCGAAGUACGAAACCACUCUGGGCGGAGAUGGUGUCGGUGUCCUGUGGCCCGCCGUGGUCCGCAAUGGAACCGAUGAAGAAGGUGGCGAGGAGAUCGACCAGCAGAAGUUCGAAAAUGCAGAUGGCCCUGAAGGUAUCGAGCGUCUCGUCGGUGUAGGCACUCAGGAAAAGAGAGAGGGCUGGAAGUUUUGGAAACGAGCAAUGCAUUAA